CAAACUACCUCUUGCGCAUGCGCUCAAUGCUGAAACCGAUUUUGAGGGCGGGGUCAAGGCAUCGUCAUGGCGUCUUCUAGCCAGCGGCCAGAACUACGGGAUCUGGUCUCAGAUCUAUCGGAUGUUUCAUGGGACAGUCUGAAACAGGUAUUGCUGUCUCUGCGCGUCCCGAAUAACAAACUGGACGACAUAGAAAUUACACACCCGACGAGUAUCGGUAGUCGGAGGAUCGGCGCCCUGGACUGCUGGCUGCAAAUGGAUGUCAGCGCGUCGUGGCAGAAAGUCGUGGAUGCCCUAAUACUCUUUCGUUUGGUGACUGAGGCCGAGAGAAUAGCGGGCAAGUACGAUUGCCGCCUAGUGUUGGAUUGCCAAGUAGACACGUCUCAUGUCUCUACCGACUUACACCCAAUUUCCAUUUCUACAGAGUCUAUAUAUGACAAACCCACUCUGGCCCAACUGAGGAAACUAAAGAUGCCUUUCUAUGAAGAAAUACGAAUAUUAGACCAAGUUGCAACAAAAUGGGACGACAUUGCCAUUGCAAUGGACUUUGAUCCGGACGGACACACACAGACAGCGAUCAACAAAGAUUUUGGAUCUGUUCAGGAGAAGUGUAGAGAAACUUUCAAGAAGUGGCUGCAGGGCCAAGGCAGCAGACAGCCAGCCACGUGGGAGAUACUGGUGGAGAUACUGAGGGACUGUGACUUUGAAAAUCUGGCUACUAGCAUAGAGACUGCUCUCAAAUAGUUG